CUUGAGAAUCCUGACAAAGAUCUAUUGAAUAUGUGUGUGCCUAAUAUUAGUACUUUUAUUAUAUUUUCCUAUUUCGAGUAAAAAAAAAAAGAGUUAAGACCAGAGAAAAAGAAAACCUUUUUAUUCUCUUUUUCUCAAACAUUUGACUUAUCGAAGCAAAAAGAUUCAAAACCCAAUUAUCAGUUUCGUUUUUUCUGCAGGAUUUUGAUCUCCUUCAAUGCAUAACCCGUGAAAGAGUAGCAUGGAAGCUGAUGUUUCUAUCACCCAUAAUUGAAAUCCCAGUUAAACGUCUCCCUUCUGCGUUGAACUCGCUCUCUGCAAAGCGCCUUGAAGAUUGAUUCAUUGGGUUUUGAGGAUUUUGAGGUUUUUGAGGAACAAGAUGAGGAAUUUUUGCGUUCAUUUUUUUGGGUUUUUAUCGUUAAUGGCUGUGACAGCUUCUAGCCAUGUGGUUUUGAUAGGGAACAAUGUUACUUUAUCUUUCGAUGAUAUUGAAGCAAAUUUUGCUCCUUCGGUGAAAGGUUCUGGUAUAAGUGGUACAUUGUACAUAGCGGAGCCAUUGAAUGCUUGUUCACCGUUGACUAAUGACAUUCCUACUGGGAAGAAUAGCACCAGACCUCCUUUUGUGCUGAUUGUGAGAGGAGGAUGUAGCUUUGAGGAAAAGAUCAGAAGAGCUCAAGCUGCUGGCUUCAAAGCUGCCAUUGUCUACAAUACUGAAUAUGGCGAAUUAGUUGCAAUGGCAGGAAAUUCGGCUGGUAUAAAAAUACAUGCUGUGUUUGUUACUAGAGCUGCAGGCGAAGCUCUUAAAAAGUUUGCUGGCAUCAGUGGCAUUGAGCUGUGGAUAGUGCCAAGCUUCGAGAACUCAGCAUGGUCGAUAAUGGCUAUAUCUUUUAUUUCAUUACUUGCCAUGUCUGCAGUGCUGGCAACCUGUUUCUUUGUCCGGAGGCAUCGUAUCCGACGCGAACGUCCUCGUACUUCUCAUGUCCGGGAGUUCCAUGGUAUGAGCAGCCGUUUAGUGAAAGCAAUGCCCAGCUUAAUAUUUACAUCGGUUCUUGAGGAUAAUUGCACUUCAUCGACUUGUGCUAUAUGUCUCGAAGAUUAUACUGUUGGGGAGAAGCUUAGGGUUCUGCCUUGCCGUCACAAAUUCCAUGCAGUAUGCGUGGAUGCUUGGCUUACAUCUUGGAGAACAUUUUGCCCUGUGUGCAAACGUGAUGCAAGAACUAGCACUGGUGAACCACCUGCAUCUGAAUCUACUCCGUUGCUCUCAUCCAGUCCAGCUUCUACUUUAUCAUCGUCCGUUAUGUCAUCUGUGAGGUCAUCAUUAGCCUCAUCAUCAGCCAUACGAAUAAACCCAGCCUCAUCUCGUUCUCCUUCAGUCUCUCGUCCUAAUUCUGUUUCAACCACUCCUUAUAACCAACAAUCUCUGCGAUCCUAUAACCAGUCUCCUUAUCUUGCUGUAAGUCGGAGCUCAGUUGACCUGAGAAAUGCUUCUUCCCAAAGAUCUCAGGCUUCUUAUUUGAUCUCAUCUCAAUCAAUCGGCUACCCAUCUUUAUCACCUCUAAAUAUGCAGUACAUGUCUCCAUAUGUUCCUAGCCCAGGCAAUGGUUCAUCUAGUUACAUUGGCUCUUCUAGCCGGCAGCAGCACCCGCUUCAUUAUAGUGAGUCGGCUGCUAGCUUUUCCCCAUAUGCUUCUGCUCAGUCGCUCCCAGAAUGUUAAAAGUAGACUCAUAGUUGAAUAUGGAGAAAGAGAUGCCUGCUUCAGCCAACAAUCCAUCAAGCCUGCAUUGUAAAUACAUGAUGAACGUGUGAAUUUAGACCGAGGACUUGGAUAUGCAUCUUCCUCCAGAGUGGUGUGGCGUUUUUAGGGAAAAAUUAUGUGGCUGACAAAGAUAUGACCAAAUGUGGAAAUGGCUGAGGCUAGUUUGUAUAUUGUAGUCUAAGAUUGAAUUAGAUUAAAUUAGCCGAAAUUUUUGGUGUUUUCUACUCCCGGAAAUUACAAAGCAUUGGGUUUUCAUGUUGGUUACAUUUCUUUCUCUCGAUAGUGAAGUGGUUGUACUUGUAGUUGCACUUGUGUCUGCUCAAAUUCUGUCCUGAUAUAGCAGCUACUGGGUGAAAAGUAGGCGCAUUAUAGUUGCUGGCACGAGAGAAUACGAAUUUGAUGUAUCUUCGUGUGCCAGUUCAAUGGUUCUCGGAUUUGGUACACAUGAUUUGGAGGAAUCUGUUAUCCGUAAUCUAGCAAAGAUGUGAUAACUGAUAACUUGAACAAGGGAGAAAUCAUUCUCUGUAAGUAUUACAAUAACAGAAGUAAAAAAGGCAUUGCAUUUUAUCACAAAAAAACUGUACCUUCCGAAAUUAGUCCAAAUUUAGCGUGGAUACUCCCGCUAUCCCGAAAUAGAUCUUUUUGCGUUAUUUUUUAAUAUUAGAAGCAUAAGUUGAAGUUAAAUCUCGAAUUUGGAGUCUCCUGAAAAAUAUAAUACUUAUUCUGUUUCGAAAUAAUUAGUUUGUCCCUGAAUUGAGAGGGAUUUACACUCUUUUGCAAUCUCAAUGGGAAGCUAGUUUUAUGUACCCGGAAAGGGAGAACAAUAUAUGUGCGAAUACUUUAGUUAAGGCCGCUUUGGGGUUAGAUAAGGGGUUAUAUUUUUUUAAUAUUCUCCCGACUUGUAUAAAUAUUCCGCUAGGAAAUGACUCGGGCGGAAUCUCCUAAUGUAUUUUGAGGCGUUAGCCUUCAGUUUAAAAUCUUCACAAAAAUAAAAAAAUAAUAAUAAUAAUCAUUUGGUCGGCCGAUUUAUGGCCCGUAGAAGUGUGAUUUGUUAAGUGAUUUCAUACCUUAUUAUUGGUUGGCUCUCUGCACGAAUAGUCAAUGGGUUAAUUUGAUGUUUCUGAAAACAUGAGGGGGGAAUUUCAUAACGGGACAAAGUUACAGGUCGGUGGGAUUUGGUGGAGCAGAGAUAUAAAUGAAAUCCUCCAUUUCUGUGGUUAUUUCUUCGUCUUCGUCAUGAUUGAUUCUCAUCAGCUGCAACUGUCUUUGGGGGAACAAAACAAUAUUUGCAGAAUUGAACAUUGAGGAACGAGCUCCAUUGAAGAAAACUCACAUCUUUAAAGGUACAUGACACUUAUAAUGAUACAGGCCGGAUGUUGUUGUUUUCUUUUUCCCUGUGUUUUGAUUCCUCCCUUUCCCUACGAUUAAUCUUGUUUAAGUUAAUUUUGUAUGUAGCCCGCAUACAGACGGAUUGUGUAUAAAUUUUUAGAUUUGUUUUGGGUUAAGGUGUCUGUUCUGUUUGUUAGAAUCCUUACUGAUCAACAAGUGUUUGGUAAAAGGCCGAAGAGCAUAUGGAAUGGCACAACUAGAAAAUUUCAGUGCAUAAUAUGGGUUCAAGUACACCUCGUAUUACUUUUUUGAUGGUUCCCAUGAUAGGCGAUGACAAAGUUCUGCAUGCAUCAUUUAUGGCUUAAGACUCUAAAUGAUGCAAUUUCAGUGCGGACUAUGUUGUUUGUAUGAGAAGUAGUAUCGUUCCCUCUACUAUGAAAUUCUUAGUCUACAAGAUCUUCGCCGUUUUCUGUGGAAAAAACUGUCACUUUUCUUGCUAUCUGUUGUUUUUAUGCCAUUGUUAUUUUUUCAUUGGAAGGGACUCCUGUGAGUACAAUCUUGUAUCCAUCUUUCUUAGGUGAUGGUUGACCAUGAACUUGAAUGUUACUGAUUUAUUGACUAAGUAAUCUUGUAUCCAUCUUUAGGGAGUCAUAUUGAUUAUCUCAUUUAUAUUUGUGGCUUUGUCUUUAUUAACUCAGAUGGAUUUUAUUAGGGGACUAGAUUUUCCUGAGUGAUGAAAAAAACACCCCAGUUUUUGUUUUAACUGGGUACAUCUUCGGAAUACGGGGUUCUCUAAUGGCUGAGAGUACGAAUAAAUUGAAAUGAUUGAAAUUAAUACGAAUUUAGUAGAACGGACAUACAUCCUUUGUUUGACAAGUACAUUAAAAUCUGCCCUCUAAUAUUUAUUGUUUGUUGCUUAAAAUUGCAUGGGAAGAUGGGAAGGUCCUCGUUGUGGUCUUAUUGAUAUUGUCUUCGUAUGACCUAAUGGAAUCUUGUGAGAAUAUGAAAUGCUUAAUUUAACACCAUGGGGGGCAGGGAAGAGGGGACGAUGGUUCUAGUUUAACAAGACAACUGUUCUGGGAAUAUCAACCACAAGUUCAUGGCUUCAUUGCGUACGUUAUGUGGGUCGACUAUGCAAACAAUUGUUCUUGGAUUAAAUUCCUUAUAAUGGCGUUCCCACAAUCGACUAAAAACUUAGAAAAGCUUGGGCAGCUAGUUUUCUGGGUUAUCCAGUGGUAUGCUGAUGGUUGCUAAUUUGCUAGUCUUUGAUUCUUCCCUGCAUAUGACAAUUCAUAUUCAAACUUAUUACUGUAAAAUCUGGUUCUCACUGAUAAUGAAGGCUCUGUUUGAUAAUCACUUACUACAUUGACUUAAUUUAUUUAAGUACUUAAUGAAAUUAAGUGUGUUUGAUAAUCUCUACU